UGCUUUUGCCGUAUUUUGGAGGUCCGAACGGUCCGAACGUUGGGAGACGAAGUUUUUGUGUUCAUUCUGGAAAGUAGUGUAUUAGUAAGAGAUUUCUUAUUUUUUUCUACUAUUUGGAACGACUCUAUUCGAUUAGACGUAACCAUGAUGUCAGAUCCCAAGCAUUUCCUCUUGAUCUCAUCGACACACAAGUCAGGUUCAAGCUGCUCACCAGAGUCGAAGGGACUUUGACGGCUGACUAUCCACAUUAUAACUCCAACUGGAGCUCUUAGUCAAUUCGUGAAUCAUACUAAACAAAAAAUCCAACUAAGGCAGCACAAAACGAACAUAAAUCUGGCAAGCACACUUGAUCUUCUUGUCUUUGAAUUGAGUGCAUGUGUGAGCGCAAGCUAAGUACACACAAGUGCGAUAACGAGUCGUAUAGAGAGAUUUUCGAUUAGACGGAAAAUAAAUUGAAUGCAAAACGAAGUGAAUGUCCAUUGACGAAGACCCCAACACUGACCCGCACAACUCCUCGUUCAUCUCGGUGGGAUCCAACGAGUUUUCAACCGGGUCGAACAACCAGCCCGAAUCCCCGUUGGACGUUCUCUCACGAGCUGCAAGCAUGGUGGAGUCGGUUUCACCAACUUCUUCAUCAUCCUCGGGGGUAUCCCCGCCAACCAAACAACCAGGAUGUGAAAGGACCCCUUCUUUUAAGGAGAGGAUUCAUCCCAAGUUCCGGAAAACUACCACUCCGGAUUAUCUAAUGGCUGCUGAUCAAGCACGCACCAAUAAACUGCAGCAUCUCUAUCAAAGACAAAACUCAGGCAACACCGAAUCAAUGGUUGUGAACUCCUCAUCCAAUAUCCCAUUGGCCCUCUCAACCCUCACCGAUUACGCCAACGGCCGGGACAGCAAACCCAACGACAAUGAUGCCCCUUUGGACAUGAGCAUCAAGAAACGCUCCGAGUCUCCCCCUCCGCCGCCGGCUUACCGAUUCACACCUUUAAGGCGUUCUCCGCCCCUCCUACGAAUGGACGUUCCUCACAUACCGUUGGCGGUUCCUCCCUUGUAUGUCGCUCAAGCACCUCCACCUCCAUAUCCCACUCAGCGCACACCGUCGCCGCCCAUGGUUAAUGUUGAUAAUCAUCUACCUCCUCCUCCGAGUUAUGAAUCUGUUAAUGCUGGCAGACGGCUCGAACCCGUGUCUUUUGCCACAGUCUCGUCAACCACGCCAACGCCGCCCAUUCCUAAUGCGGAUAUUGCUCCCACAAGAGAAACGGAACGAGUUCGAGAGAUCACAAUCAUCACGAACAGUAACUCUGACUCUGAUCCGCUAUUGGAUGAGCAUUUUCGACGAUCUCUCGGGGCUAGUUAUCAUAACCUGUUCACCAAGGACAAGUCAGAACAUUCGUCCAAUUCACCACAAAGCCCAUCCUCACCAAGGACGGAGGAAGCUCAAUCGCCAAAGUCGGCGAAUGCAGAUUCAACUUUGAGAAAACCCACAAGCCGCAUUUCUCCCGGGCUCAAUAAUGAUGAUAUGGAAGUUGACCCAAUCGAACCGACUUCAAAUGAACCCGAUAUGAAGGGCUACACAGUUGAAGAUCACUUUGUUAAGGCCCUGGGAGACACAUGGCUAAAGAUAAAGGCCCAGAAAGAAAACCCGAAGCCUUUAAAUAGCACUGGUGGAGCGUCUUCGCCGUCAAUAACCUCGUCAACAUCAACCAAUGGCAAUCCAACGUCGAAUUCGCCGAAACCUCAAAUAGCAGCCCAAUGAAACUUCUCCCAAUUUUCGGCUGGCUUUCGAGAUCUUGAUUAAGAUUGUCAAUUCAAUGAGUUCCUACAUAAUUUGACUGCCGGACGGGAACCCAAAUUUUCACAAAGAUGAAAUAUCGAACAAACAAAAAUUCCUACAGAACCCUGCACACGCAUACCAAGAAGGACUGAUGAUGACGACCGUUGUUGCACACGCAUUGCAACUUGAAUGAGAACCCGCGAAACGUUUUGUUGAUUUGUUGAUAAUAUCUAGUUCUUCAAGCCAAUGCUGUAAAUGUCAUGCCCACAUGUUCUCAUCAAUAACAUAUUUAAAAAUGGUUCAG